ACCGGCGCUCGCUCGCGAUUUUGCCAAUUGCACGUAAAGCUCGGGCUGCGCUUGAAUUAUAAAUGAAAAGCUGAAAAAAAAAACACUUUGAGCGCAGUUUGCACAAAGAAAUAAUUGUUGUCAGUUUGUUGUGUGUGCAAAAAGGUGCAAACAAAUUAUACUAAAUUAUUUAACCUUAGAAAAUCAAACAAAUGCUGCGCAGUGUUGCAAAUGUGUCAUUAACUGUUUAAACGAAUUUUGAAAUCUAUUAACUACAUCGUAUAGAUUACAAUUAAUUAUAAUCAAAAUGCCCAACGCUACGGAGAUAACAGCAAAUGACUCAAAAAAGCCAUUCAAAGUCAAGGACGUCACGCGCAACAUUAAAAAAGCCGUCUGCGCCGCAAGCCUGGAGGAAAUACGCGCCAAGGUGGCCGAGAAAUUUGACAAGUGUGAACAACAGCCAACAAUCCAUUUGGACUCCGAUGGCACCGAAAUCGACGAUGAGGAAUACUUUCGUACACUCGAUGAGAACACGGAACUGGUGGCCGUCUUUCCUGGCGAGCAUUGGAUCGAUCCAACCCAUUACGUGACCAUAACCACACCGAAUGCCACGGGCAAUGGCAGCAUCACCGGCAAUCCGGACAACGGCGACACCACGGAUGCCAACAACUCGGAGACGGCGCGUAUUCGCCAGCUGGUGGGCCAGCUGCAGAACAACUUGUGCAACGUGUCCGUCAUGAACGAUGCGGACUUGGACUCGCUCUCCAAUAUGGACCCCAACUCGUUGGUAGAUAUAACUGGCAAAGAGUUUAUGGAACAGCUCAAAGAUGCCGGCAGACCGCUCUGUGCCAAACGCAAUGCUGAGGAUCGCCUGAAUCUGCUGAAGUUGCUCAAGGCGGGCGCCAUUUUUUGCUCGGAACGCUAUCCGGAAGAUGCGGAGGCCAUUGAUCGUGAGAUUGGGCGUCAGUUGAACGAGGCGGAGAGCGGUCAGCUGACCACAACAACCGCCAGCAAUACGCGCACCAUCGAGGUGGUGCAGUGCGACAAUCAGAAUACCACCAUUACAAUAACCGUUGCCGAGGCAACCACCACAUGCAGCUCCACUGAAGCGGCUGUCGAGGUCAAUGAGGUCAAUGCCAAUUCAAAUGGCAAUGGCAACACUGGCGACAUCUGACUGCCCAUUCUGGGCAGCCUUAGAUGAAGCCUGGCCGCCAAUGAGUAGCCAAACUAAGGCACAAUUUUAUCAAACGUUGUUUCACGUAAACGAACCGAAAAUCAGUCCUGCAACAUUGGGUUAACAUACACGUAUUUGUAGCAUAUAAUUAGGAGCUGCGAAAUGCCACAAUAUAAAAACGAAACGUAAUGUAACGUAACAAAAUCUUCAGAAAUGCUUCAUAGAAUUUAAGAGCAAAUGAAAGUUAACGAAAUAUUACACGUAUUAGCAUAAAAUCAUCGCAAAAUCGUCAUAAAAAAAAGGGUCCUUUAUUAACAAGAGAUCAUCAAUAUUAUGGCGCCAUAUUUUUGGGCAUCAAUCUAAAGUUGGAAAAGUUCUGAGAUUUGAGUAGUGCUUGGAAAAAGUGGUCUUCAUUUUAAAUCGGCGAAUACAUUUUCUUUGUUUUAAAGGAAAUGCAGUGUAGUAUUUACUUACUUAAAGUCUAAGAAGCUUUUAAAUUACGCUAGAGCUCAGAUUUUAAUAUUCCUUGCGAUCUGAAAUAUAUAUUAUAAAAGAUUUCAUGGUUUUUAUCUAAUCUGAACUUUUACGAUUUUAUUUCAUUGAAAUUAAGUCAACAUAGAAUUCUGAAAAAUUUCCAAUUAGCACAGGCUCAGGAUCGAAAGGGAUGUGUUUUUAAAUUAAUAAAAAAAAAUUACCCUAUGUUAAAGCUGUGGCCUGUUUAUUGCCAAUCUCCAAAUACCACUGAAGUACCAUGAAAAAAAAGCAGCACAUGUUUAAAAGUUUGAUGACAGUUUUUGUCAGAGCAACUGAAAUAACUAAAAACACAAUUAAAGAAUCAAAAUAAACGACAACAAUUAACAUAAAAAUGAAAUAUAUAUCAUAUGUGAAUUAAAAGCAAAGGGAACUUUAAGAAAAUAUCAUACUCAUUAUUAUCAAACUAUUCAAAUUAGUUAAAAGAAAUAUUACACAAAUGUUUUAUUGUUAAAAAGAAUCGAAUUGCUUAGUAGCGGCUAUAAAUGGGAUUAAACGACUUUUUGUGUAGUUAGAAAUGCGAAAA